UGUUUUUUUAUCAUUAUAACAUUAUUAUCAACAAUGAUUACUAUUUUAAAUUGUGUUCGACGUACAUCAUUAGAAAAACAAAAAUUAAACAAAAAUAACGGUAAAACAUGGAAAAAUGGAUCGAUUGCCACUGAUCAAUAUUUAAUUAAUAUAAAUCAAUCACCAUCGGAUAAUGAUGAAAAAAUCAGAAGAAAUGACUAUAUGGCCGAAUCGCCACCACCACAAAUUUCUCGAUUCGAUGAUUCAACGGUUAAUACUUCCAGUUUAACAUCAUCAAUGAAACGUGAUCCAUUUCAACAAGUAAAUACUUUAAAUAUGAGUGGUACAUAUAAACGAGAACGCGUUUAUCCUGUUUUAUCUGAUCACAAAACAUCUUCAUCUGGAACAGUAAAAUUAAAUGGUAUUUAUUUUGAUUCAAAACAUCUGAUUGAUAAUGAUGAUCAUUAUCAAAAGCAUUUCAAUCAUCGUCCAUACUCUUCGUCGUUCGAUAAACAUGUACCACCACCACAGUAUAUUAAUUUCUUUGAUCAAAAUUUUGAUAAAUUACAUGAAAAAAAGUCACAAAAUACCUCUUAUUAUCCUAAUCGUAUUGAAAAUAAUUA